AUGACUCAGUUGACUAUCCCGACGUUGGAGGCGCAGGGAAGCGGGUCGACGCCCCAAACAGCCGCCACCGCCGUCCAGGAACUAGAUAUAAAAGGUUCGCCGGCCGAGGAGGCAAAGACAACUCAUCAGCAUGGGAGCAUUGGAACGCCUAUGAGCACCCAAACCGAGCUUGGGGCUAGACCCGUGUCCGACCAUAGAACACUGAGCACACCAAGAACACCAGGAACGGCCGAGGCGUCCUUUUCCCGGGUAUCUCGAGACGAGAGGUCGGCGUCUGAGCUCAUUGAUGACUGGUUUACUGCGCUGCAUAACUCAACUCAGGAUUCUGUAGCCCCGGAGUUUAGCGGGGCAGUCCGGAGAAGGAGUGCGGGCAUGGCCUCCAACGUUUCGAAAGCGCCGAAACAAUCACCAGCAGCAGCUCGUCGUGCAAGGAACAGUGUAUGCGUAUUGCCGAAGGCAACACCAAUCCGUUUCUCAGCGGAGAACCCGGAUGAUUGGGUGCCAUUGGAAGAGUGGGAUUCGGCUGCUUCUACAAGAACACAAUCCCUCGCGCCAGUUGAUGAGGAUCUCGGAGAGCAUGGCGAGGGGCUGGAUGUGGUCGCCACGGGUUUGAAGAAUGUUCACAUUUCCCAGGUUGCCAUCCAGGCAAACGUAGAGGAAGGAAAUUGUCAUGAGCGCCAAACUGGGCACCUAGAACAGAGACUGAAAGGUCCGUAG